GGCAGCCCUUUGCAUGGCGGGAUUCAAUAACGUUGAAUUAAUUAUUAUUACUGACGCUGCUCUAACCCCUCGGGCAGCUGGUAGGCCAUGUUAUCUGCGAAUAUGACUUGUGUUUAGCUUCGAGUCGGGACGUUGGGAUGACCGUCUCACUAGCAACUAGUUAACCUAAGUAGCACUGCCUAGCGAGCUCUUCCGCUGACCCAGGACUGAUGACUCGCGCUCCAGGCACCGACUGACGCUGCCCACGGCCAGGCAGCAGCCACGGCCACAUGUCGAGUGCACAAGUCCUGUCAUUGUCAUCGUCAUUGUCAUUGUCAUCGUCGUCGUCGUCGUCUUUUUCUCCCGCCGAAAAGUGCAUGUCAGGUGACAGCGGCACAUGACCGGAGACUUGCUUACCUCAGCAUAUCGUCACCGUCACUUCGUCUUCGCUUUCGCUUCGUCGAAACUUCGAACUUCGAACUUCGAACGUCUCAACUUCGUCGUUUUGGCCUUUGGCUUGUCGGAUUCUCGGCUUCACUCUCAGCGUGUCCCUUGUCUGCGGCUUCUGGGAGCCCUGCGCUGGAGGAGGAGUCUGCGGUGCUGUGCUGCCUGCUCUGGAGGCUAACUACUGCUGUAUAUUGCUUCUUAAACCUUCCGAGCGCUUCUCAAUAGUAAAUGACAUAAAACAGCCGCUGCUGCGCACACACACAGAGAGCUCCCGACCAGACCAGACGCUUCUCUUCUCGGCCAUAGAUGGUCUCUGGUAUGAGUCAAUCUGCGAUCCAUGAUACGAGAUAAGCUUGUUUGCGAAGAAAGAGAGCUGCUGGUAUAGAAGAGCUGGGUAGCCUCUCAUACGUCACAGACAAAAUCACCGACCACACGCCGCCUACCUACCUCCCCUGGAGUGAAUCAUGUUUUCAGAAUAUGCGUCCCGUUUUCUCUCACAGUCACAGUCCCGAAUAGCACCCGGAGACAGCUCUCCCCCACGGGAAUUUGGGGAUCGAAGCCGGAGGCCUGAUCGACAGGCCACCCGCCCACCUCCGUCACGGCCUUAUCUGCAACGGGCGCUUGGGAAUCCUUAUUCCUCGACAGCUUCUCAGACUUUUGCAUUCUCACCGCGGUCAUCCGUGCAUCACGCACCGCUUUUCCACAGCAAUAACGAGCACCUUCCCGAGGAAGACGACGAGCGAGAUGCUGCUGAUUUUUAUGCCCUGCAGAGAUCAAGGCGGCAUUUUGGCGCAAGCAGACUAGCAGAGUCAUCCGAAGGGGACGAAGGAGAGGACAGUAAACACUCGGAACACAGUACAGGCCAGGAAGAUGAAUAUAGUAGAGGAACGGGGAUACGAAGCUCGUGGCAUGGGAAGGCAUCUGUUAUCGGGCCGGCAGGGAAAACAGCUACCAAGUCACUGGAAGAACAGCCGGAAGAAAAUGAGGAAGAUGUGUCCGAAGGGAGCCCCAGCUCCGGGAAGGGUAGAAUGGUCGAGGUUCGACUAGAGGACUCGAUAAAGACAGACGCUGUGAACGUUGAUUAUGACGACGAUGACCCGCCUCCGGAAUUCACUGCUGGUGGACCACCGAUACGCCAAUUCCAAAAUCAAUCAAGUCACCUGGGUGAUGAUGAUGAUGAUGAGUUCCAGACCAAUGCUGGAUUUAUAGACCGAGAGUCCGACAAGCAGGCCUUGUUAAACAACGCUAGACCACCGAGCUCCAUCGCCUCUGAGAUGCCUACUACGUCGAUGGCCCGUGGAGAUCCUGAACCUCCAAUGCAUGACAUGUUUUGGGGACAUAUGUUCUUACUUUGCUUGAGUGGCCUAUUCGCUACCUCGUUCAUUGUAUAUCUUCACACUACAGCUCCCACUAAACUCCCGCUCCUCGGAGACACCAUCUAUGCCACUCUACACUCUUCUUUCGGCCUCCUAGGAACAUAUACAAUCAUCUCAAUAUUUGUGGCCUUGCUCUGGCUAGCGCUGUUGCGGUCCUAUGUUCGGCCUCUGGUCUUUACCAUGCUAAUUGCGGUUCCAGUCAUCCUUAUUUCCUUCUCAUUAUACCCUUUCAUUUCUAGUUUCAAAGGCACCUGGCAUGGGUCUAGUAUCCAGGAUAAGGUAAUGCGCUGGGGGUCGAUAGUGCCUGCGGUCAUGGCUGCAACCUGGAUCUACUCCGUUGUUAAGGGCAGACACGCAACAGGCAAGGCAAUUGAUAUCCUAGAAUUCUCAUGUCGUAUAUUAGCUGCGAACCCGGCACUGCUUCUCCUAGGAUUCGCCACGAUAGCCCUCAUUGCGCUCUGGAGUUGGGCAUGGAUACUCAUGUUCACCCGCGUCUUCCUCGGUGGACAUCUCGCAUCUGGAGGCAAAAGAUUCUUCAUCAUCGAUAUCGGUACAUGGUGGCUAGGCGUCUACUUUAUUCUUGUUUACCUCUGGUCCCUCGGCGUUAUUGCAGGCAUCCAACGGACUACCACUGCCGCCGUCGUUAGCCAGUGGUAUUUCCACCGCAACGCCACGCCUUCGCCUACAUCUCACGACGUAAUUCGUGCUGCCUUCACUCAUGCCCUUACUACUCUGUUUGGAACGAUAUGCCUUUCAACAUUGCUGUCCCUUCUUGUCCGCAUUCCUUUAAUCGUCCUCCCGCGCCGUAUAUCAUCUAUGCUAUCAUUAGUUGCCUACUCUUGUGUACCCACGCCAAUUGCCGCUCUCACCAACCCUCUCACAUUAACAUAUGCUGCCAUUCACUCCCAGCCUCUAGUCGCUUCAGCGCGCAGCCUCAACCAGAUGGUCUUCCUAGCCCCCUCAGCCGCAACGGCCAUGACGUUCCAUCCACGAACAUUCUCCGACGCAAGUCGUACAGACUAUUACUCUUCUACUUUAAUGCCAUACCGUCUGGCCAAGAUGCUUCUACACGCUACCCGGUUCAUGAUGUCUCUUGCCCUUGGUUUCGGGGGCUGGGUAUCUACUGCCCGUAGUCUGCAGGUCUCUGGUGCAGAUGGUAGCAAGGGCUCUACCAUGCGUGGCAGCUUGUACGCCUACAUUGUUGGUUUGAUCGCGGGAACGAUUGGAUGGGGCGUUCUAUCUGCCAUGGAAGGAGUUCUUGCCGGCGUCGUCGAUGCCGCUGUCGUUUGCUGGGCGAGUGAAGUCGGCAGUGUACGACGAGAGGCCCGCUACUGCCGUGAGGCCGGACAUCUAUUUGGCGGCGGCAGUGCGGACCGUAUGGAUAUAGAGGACAGGUCACCGCGGUUUGACUAGUGGUUGUAGUCCGCUGACCUGCUCGCGGGGCGUCACCUCCCCCCUUUUUUUGGAAUCCCGUCUUUGAAAUAUACGGGUGUGUCGAGGCUAUUGCCAUCAUUAGGGGUCUUCUUUGAUUUGCCAUGCCAUGCUUUGCUUUGCUUUUGUUUCAAUUAUGGUAUUUUUUUUGUUAAACAUUGCAUGAGCGGGGGAGUACCUGUAAAUACAGCUUUGCUUCUUUUUUAAGCCACCAUGUCUUUAGUGUCAUUAUUCACCCAGAAAUUGAAAAAGUAUCAAAUUAUCACUGUUUAUACUACUUAUAUAUCUACGAGCAUGUUAGUUGGAAGACGUAGAGACAGAGAGAUCGAAGAAGUAUUAUCAUAUCUAAGGUCAACGUGUGGUAAAUAAUACACUCACUCCAGGGAGUAAAAGAAAAGAACAGACAACACCAUCAUUUCUGAGGUCGCAUAUUCAAUUCAUCGCAGAAACCAUUUUUGUUUUGCCCCCUUUUCAUCCUUUCUUCACAGGCAGAUAAAAUAAAUCAGCACCCAGCCAUCCGUCCUUUCAUCCACCCCCACGCCCUGUUGCGCAAUACUCCAGGCAAAAUUAACAGAAAAAAAAAGGUGAAGUAGAUAAGUUGGCAAGCAAGUAAAUUGAAACAAGUCAUCAAGGACGGUACGAGUGAUGAAAAGGAAAAGGGGGGUAAGUAAUUGAAAAGGAAAGGAAGUAAAAAUAGCGCUGGUAAAACAAGCAGUGGCAGCAGUAAGCGGCAGGUCUGAAGGGCAGUGAUCUUUCUUGGUAUCGUGUCAUUGAUUAAAGAGGAGAAUGGGCAAAGAAAAUAUUGAAGAUAAAGUAAGCAGGCCGAAGCAAUGGUAUCGAGUGUUUGAAGGAGCAGGCUGAAAAGUAAAGUAAAUAGGAAAAUAUGACUGUAGACGUAGGCUGAUGAUGGCUAGGCUAAAUGAGACGAGA